CCACCGCCCACAGAACAAAACCCCCGCAAAAUCCCCGCUCCCCUAUUUUUCGGGUUUUUAGCUUCCACCGGCGUCCGGCGAGGGGAGAGAGAGAGGGAGGUCGCCGGCGAUGGCGGCAGGGACGAUCUCGCGCAUCCGGCUAGAGAACUUCAUGUGCCACUCCAGCCUCCACAUCGAGCUCGGGGAGCACGUCAACUUCAUCACCGGCCAGAACGGAAGCGGGAAAAGCGCCAUCCUCACGGCCCUAUGCGUCGCCUUCGGCUGCCGCGCCAAGAAUACCCAGCGCGCCGCAUCGCUCAAGGACUUCAUCAAAACCGGCUGCAGCUAUGCAUCCAUUCUUGUUGAUAUUAAUAACCACGGGGAAGAUGCAUUCAAGCAUGAAGUAUUUGGGAAUGUAAUCAUACUGGAACGCAGGAUUACUGAAUCAAGUAGUUCUACAGUUUUAAAGGAUCAACAUGGGAGGAAGGUGGCGCAUCGCAAAGAUGAUCUUGUCGAAAUAAUUGAGCAUUUUAAUAUUGAUGUUGAAAACCCAUGUGUAAUUAUGAGUCAAGACAAAAGCAGAGAAUUUUUACAUUCAGGAAAUGACAAGGAUAAGUUUAUGUUCUUUUUCAAGGCUACUCUUCUUCAACAAGUGAAUGACUUGCUUGGUUCAAUAAGAAAGAACCUAAAUGUUGCGGACUCCAUAGUUGAAGAGCUGGAAAGAUCGAUUAUGCCAGUGCUGAAGGAACUUGAUGAUAUUCAGGACAAAAUAAAGAAUAUGGAACAUAUUGAAGAAAUAGCACAUGAGAUUGAGAACCUGAAGAAAAAAUUGGCCUGGGCAUGGGUUUAUGAUGUUGACAAAAAGAUUGGGGAACAAACAGAGAAGCUUGAGAAACUCAGAGAGCGUAUCCCUGCAUGCCAAGAACGAAUUGAUCGAAAUACAGCCAUUAUAGAGGAACUGAGGAAAGAAUUUAUUGUGAAGAAAGAGAAUGUAAGAUCUUUUCUGGAGAAGACUCAAGAAGUAAGGAGGAUGAAGGAAAAAAUGCAACACGACAUUCAUGAGGCUGUGAAACUGAAAAUGGAUCUAGAGAAAGAGCAUGCACGUGGUAUGCAAGUGUUGAAUAAAAUGAAUACCCGUGUCAGACAACUUGAAGCGCAAGUUCAUGAAUUUCAGCUAAAGCACAUGCAGCAAACCCAGGCUGAAGUAUUUCAAGUUGAGGAUAGCAUAUGGGAAUUACAGCAGGAGAUCAAUUCUGCUAAUUUAAGUGCUACAAGGUUAAGUGAGGAAGAAAAGAAAUUAUCCGAAGAACUACAGGACAUUAUUAAAAGCAUCAGUGACAUUGGAAAAGAGAUAGAUGAAGAUGGGCGUAGGAUCAAUCAACUGAAAUCUCAAAUUGAGGAUCUCAGACGACGCCAACAUGAUAAGCUAACAGCAUUUGGAGGGGAUAGAGUUCAGAGCCUCUAUAGAUCUAUAGAGAGGCACCAUAGUAGAUUUAAAUGCCCUCCUAUUGGUCCAAUAGGAUAUCAUGUGCAACUGGCUAGCAACUGCUGGUCCCUUGCAGUUGAUUGCGCAUUAGGGAGGCUACUAGAUGCUUUCAUUGUCUCAUGUCAUAAGGAUUCACUCGUUUUACGAGAGUGUGCGAAAGAAGUAAAAUAUCACAACCUUCAAAUUAUUAUAUAUGACUUUUCUAAACCACGACUUGUCAUUCCAAAUCAUUUGCUUCCUUCAACAACACACCCGACAAUACUUUCGGUUAUCCAUUCGGAAAAUCCUACUAUACUAAAUGUAUUGGUGGAUCAGGGCCACACAGAGAGGCAGGUCCUAGUUCAAGAUUAUGAAGCGGGAAAGUCUGUUGCAUUUGAUAAGAGGAUACGAAAUCUAAAGGAAGUAUAUACUUCUGAUGGUAGCAAAAUGUUUUAUAGAGCCUCUGUUGAGACCAUUCUUCCUCCAAACAGAAAGUGGAGGGCUGGUCGUUUGUGCACUUCUCUAGGAGAAAAAAUAAUUGAAAUAGAGAAUGAAACUGCUGAAAUUAAGAAAAUAAACUCUGAGAGGUGGGAUCGCAAAGGAAAAUUAGUUAUUGAUCGAGACAACAUCAAUUCAAAAUUAAGAACGUUAAAGAGAAAAAGAGAAGAUGAGGAGCAGCAUCUGGAGCGUAAAAAGGUUCAGUUGGAUGACACCAAGAAAAUUUCUAUUGCCAAUAAGCAUGAUACUGCUGUGGAUACCUCUGAGCUAGAGGCUGAAAUGAUGCAAGUGAAGGAGGACAUUGGGAACAAAGAAUUAGUUCUGGAGAAAAUUAAUUUGAAACUUACAGAUGCUUUGCGAGAAGAGAAUGAUAAAAGAGCUUCUUACAAAAAUUUUAUUGAGUCUGCACAUGCUGAGAUGGGGUCUAUUAGUGAUGCUGAGCACGAAUUGCAGCUCGUUGAAGAAAAAAUAAAUGAUGCUCAGCAGGAUAAGGCUCACUAUGAAGGUGUUAUGGAAAGGAAGGUUUUAGCUCCUAUUAAAAUGGCUGAAUCGGAGUUAACAGAUCUUCAACAGCUUCAUCAGGAAUACUUUGAAAAGGCAUCAAGAAUAUGUGCAGAGAAUGAAGUGGAAGCUUUGGGUGGUGUUGGAGGAUCCACCCUGGAACAAUUAAGUGAUCGUAUUAAUAAAUUGAAUAAGAAAUUUCAGCAAGAAAGCAGAAGAUAUACUGAGACCAUUGAUGAUCUGAGAGCAUUGCAUGACAAAAAGGAACGGAAAAUAUUGAGGAAACAACAAAUGUAUGCAGGUUUUAGGGGCAAAUUAAAUGCAUGUCAAAAGGCAUUGGACUUACGAUGGAGGAAGUUUCAGAGAAAUGCUGGUCUUUUGAAGCGCCAGCUUACAUGGCUGUUCAAUGAGCACUUGGGGAAGAAAGGUAUCAGUGGGCACAUCAACGUUGAUUAUAAGAACGAAGUUCUAUCUGUUGAGCUGACAAUGCCUCAAGAUGCGUCUCGUGACACCGUUAGAGAUACUAGAGGACUUUCAGGUGGAGAACGAUCUUUCUCAACCCUUUGCUUCACCUUAGCUCUUCAUGGAAUGACAGAAGCACCAUUUAGGGCCAUGGAUGAGUUUGAUGUAUUCAUGGAUGCGGUGAGCCGCAAAAUAAGCUUAGAUACCCUAGUAGAUUUUGCUGUCGCACAGGGGUCUCAGUGGAUAUUUAUAACCCCUCACGAUAUCAGCAUGGUGAAGGCUGGAGAUAGGAUCAAGAAGCAGCAAAUGGCUGCCCCACGUGGUUGACCGGUCAGCACGCCUUUUAAAUGAGGCCUUGGGCAUUGCCAUUGACGUGGAGCGAAUCUGCUUGGAACUUCUUUUGAUACUUUGUUUGUACAUAGUUUAUUUGAAGUGUAAACUUAGGCAAGGUUUGAUCAGGAGAUCGUCAUUUGGCGGCUCCAGCAGCUGCAGUGCUAUUUGAACGUGAUCCCAUGUGUAUGUCAAAUUUUCAAUGCUAACCAGUGCUUGAUGACGUCUUGAAGAUCCUAGGCCUUAACAUGAACCAACUGUUGU